GCUUGCUUUGAUUCCCAAGGUUCGUCCACCCUGCGAGACUGGUACAAGACACUGUGCUUGUCCUGGUGUGGCAGUUCAACUCUAAGGGAGCAAUCUGAUUUAGAUAUGCCUGGCUUAAAGCCUGGCUAGAGCCAGAACAUGACCUUCAAACCAUGCAAAGCUGGAAGAUCUGUCUGCCAUGAGCUGAGCCACAGAGAGAAAAUGCUACUCCUUUAGGAUCUGAAUUUUUUUUCCCUUUGUUAAAGAAAAAUGCCUUCCUUGAGCGGAAAAGUGCAGACUGUCUUGGGCCCUGUGGAGCCAGACUGUCUUGGCUACACUCUGACUCAUGAACACUUGACUAUGAACUACAGCAGCUGCUUUUGUCCACCUUCUCCAGGCCAAGAGCCUUUGUCUAAUGGGCCCAUUGAGAUGAAGAACUUGUUUUGGAUUAAGCAAAAUCCCUACAGCCAUAAAGAAAACCUUCUUUUGUAUCAGGAAACAGACGCUGUGAGGGAGGAGCUGCUGCAUUUUAAAGCAGCAGGUGGUGGGACGAUUGUGGAAAACACAACUACAGGAAUUGGCCGGGAUAUAAAUACUUUGAAGAAACUUGCUGAAGAAACUGGAGUUCAUAUUAUUGCUGGUGCUGGGUUUUAUGUGGAUUCCACUCAUUCUUCUCAAACGCAGGCCAUGACAGUGGAGCAGCUGACAGAGAUUAUUGUUGAUGAGGUACUCAAAGGAGCAGAUGGGACUAAUAUCAAGUGUGGUGUGGUGGGAGAAAUAGGUUGCUCCUGGCCUUUGACUCCGAGUGAACACAGAGUGCUUCAGGCAACAGCACAGGCUCAGUCACAGCUCGGGUGCCCUAUUAUCAUCCAUCCUGGCAGGAACAGUGACUCCCCUUUCCAGAUUAUCCGCAUUCUGCAGGAAGCUGGGGCUGAUGCUUCAAAGACAGUCAUGUCUCACCUCGACAGGACCAUAUUUGAUAAGAAGAAACUUCUCGAAUUUGCUAAACUUGGAUGUUACUUAGAGUAUGACCUAUUUGGUACAGAAUUCCUUCAUUACCAGUUCCAUCCGGAUAUUGACAUGCCGAAUGACAAUGAAAGAAUUGCAAGGAUUCGUAUGCUGAUUGAUGAAGGCUAUGAAGACAGAAUUCUGAUGGCUCAUGAUGUGCACACCAAGAACAGGUUGAUGAAAUAUGGAGGUCACGGAUAUUCGCAUAUCUUUAAAAAUAUAGUUCCUAAAAUGCUAAUUAGAGGCAUAUCCCAAGAUAAAAUUGAUAAAAUACUCCUAGCAAAUCCAAAGCGGUGGUUGACUUUUAAGUAGGAAUAAUGAAUAAAUAUGCCUGAUUUAUAAGGAAGCUUGAUAAAAUUCAGAUUUCAGUGGAACAGUUGUUAAAAAAAUCCGAAAAACUGAAAAUUAUUAAGUAGAUGCAAACAAACUGAUUAUAACUUUUCUUUUUAAUUAUAACAUCAAAAUUGUGUACUAUCUCUACAUUUUCUCCCUUCUGAAAGUUUUCUUAUGAAUGAUUUACUGAAUAUGAGUCUACUUACAGAAUCUUUUCAACUGAAAUUCUAAAAUAAUUGUUUCAAAAUCAUAAUUUAAUACUGUUACUGAAUGUUACCUCCAGACUACUACUGAAGAUGCGUCACCCAGACUUGGAAGGAAAUUAUGGUUUUCAGUUACAUUUCCUGUCUCCAGGGCCUGAUUUUAAUCUUUGUAUUACUCUGUAUUUAAUCUCUGUAUUACUGUCAAUCUUCUCAUUACCCUUGUAUUCUUUAAGUAAUGCUUAAAGGUCUGAAACUUUUAAUUAGCUUCUAUAGACAAGAGAAGGCAAGAGGAAUCUCAAAUAAAUCUGAAAAGAUAAUGUUUCUUUCUAGUUUAACAAUUUACUUAGUUGUAACUGAAAAUGUAAAAAAUACAUGGAAAAAUAUAUUUUUGAAUAAAGCAUUUUGAUCACCUCUUAAA